AUGCAACAUCAAAAAUCAAAAACCUCCCGUGAAAGAAAAAGAUCAAGUUUGAUGGCCAUACAAAAACAACAAGAAGAAAAUGUCGCUAUACUUGCAAACACCAAAGGAGAUGGACCGAUAUAUCAGGAAAUCAAUAGUGUCAUGAUCGAAAUAGAAAAGUUCCGUGCCAGGUUGCAUGAACUGAGUAGAGUUCAAGAGCAACAGAGCGAAUCCGACGAGCCAGAAUUUCUUCCCGACUCCGAGAACUACGAAGAGCGACUCGAAAUCAACGAAAAAAUGACGCAAGCCGUGCAGAAUCAACUCGCCGUAGUUCGCCAGCAUAUCUCCAAUAUACUGGAUAAUUAUGAAUCAUUAGACGAAAACCUUCUCCGAGUCAUCAUGACCUAUAAUGAGGAGGUUAACAUCGCGUUACAAGAAGCGCUGCAAGAGGUUCCAAGUCUUUAUCAACAUCAACCCCCCUCACCCUCGUUUCAGUCCGAGGAAACGGAUUUUCAAAAAACCAUCGAGACCCAGGCCAUACAAAUCUACUUCUUGGAGAAAUCAAAUUUCAAUAACAUCUUUCAACUCAUAAACGAUAUCGACCAGUGUCAAGAACUUUUACUUAAUUUUACAAAUUUGAAAGGCAUGGAUGAAAAUGACUUGAUCAUAAACCUGGAUGAGAUUCAGGAACUAUUAUGUCAGUAUGAAUGCAAAACACAAAUUGACGAGGAACAUCAACACCACGAGUGGGCUAACCAAUUUAUUAGCGGAUUGUUGCAACGUCGCGUACUUGAAACAAUAUUGGAACAUUCGGAUAUUUAUUUUAAUGGAUCUUUCCACGAUUCAAACAUACAGACAAAACGGGAAAGUUUUCUCGGGCGAACAAAAUUCACCGACUUCGCGAAUCCCUUGUUAAAUAUGAAUCCCGAAGUUUACACGGUGCUCGGGUCAAAGGGUUACGACGGGUUCGAUCAUCCUUUCAUUGAAUUCGUGGCCGGAAAGAUUGCGGCGAUCAUGAAUCAGUAUUGUAAUAUCAAAUCUCCCAAAAGGGCACUACAGAUCGAGGAGAUGUCAUCAGAUGUGGUCUACAGUGUUAUAAAUAUUUUUUAUUUUAGAAUGCAAGCUCAAGAUCCCCCCUCUCAAUUUCGAUGGGUGGAAAAUGGGGAAAAGAUCGAUUUGGAGAUGAUGAGAGGUGAUUGGGAUUCAAAAUUUGAUGAUUUGAUAGUUGAUCUCAAUUAUUUCCCGAUUGUUGGUAGGAAGUUGUUGAACCAAGAUAAGUUGAAGGUAUACUCUAAAGCGAAAGUAUGCCCAUAUCGUCGUCCAAAAUCCUUGACCGAUGGUUUACCAGGAGCAUGGUCAAUUUAA